AUGCAGCAAGUGUUAGGUAACCUGAUGGAGUUGCCAACCGCCACUAAGGCCAAUGACAUCGACCUCAUCUUUCUCAAAGGCAUCAUGGAAAGCUGUACCUUUUGCUCUCUCACCAAGCUUCAUGAUCGUUUAGAAGACAUGAAGCUGGAAGCAGUGCAGGACAAUAAUGUUGUACUUGUGAGUGAGAUCCUUGGGGUAAUUCGGGGUCUGACUGGUAGAGACAAUAGUGCUGCAGAAUUAUCACAAAUACUUCAACAACCUCACUUCCAGUCUCUCCUGGAGGCCCAUGACAUGGUGGCAUCAAAAAGCUAUGAGGCUCCGCCCACCAUCAAGCCAGCCAUCGAAGCAGCAGUCAACAAUGCACUCAUGCAAGCUGAUGCUGUCAGAAUGAUCGGCAUCCGCAAGAAAGCAGGAGAACCUCUGGGAGUCACAUUCCGAGCAGAGAAGGACAACCUUGUGAUUGCUCGGAUUCUUUAUGGCGGAAUAAUUGACAGGCAGGGCCUCCUCCAUGUAGGUGAUAUCAUAAAGGAAGUGAAUGGACAGGAAGUAGGCAACAAUCCUACAGAGCUACAGGACAUGCUGAAGGGUUGCAAUGGAGGGAUCACACUUAAAAUCUUGCCGAGCUACAUAGACUCAGCAGUACCACCGCAGGUUUACCUGAAGCCACAUUUUGAGUAUGAUCCAGCCAAUGACAGUCUGAUUCCAUGCAGAGAGGCUGGACUCGCCUUCAAGAGGGGUGACAUUAUUCAGCUUGUCAACAGAGAGGACCAGAACUGGUGGCAGGCACUUCACAUCGUAGGAGGAGUUACAGGGUUAAUUCCCAGUCAGUUUCUUGAGGAGAAAAGGAAAGCUUUUGUUCCAAAGGACUUGGAUAGAAAAGGGAUCUUAUGUGGAACAGUGAAUGUUAAAAUGACGAAAAAAAAGAUGUACCAAACUUCAAGGAAUGCAGAAUUCGAUGGUCACGAGCUGCAGAUCUAUGAGGAGGUAACAUACAUGCCACCGUUCCAGAGGAAAACACUGAUCAUGAUCGGAGCGCAGGGAGUCGGGCGCCGAAGCCUGAAAACCCGUCUGCUGAUGCUGUAUCCCGAUCACUACGGAACAACAACACCAUUUACAUCCCGAAUGCCUCGAGAGGACGAGCUGAGUGGUCAGACUUACCAGUUUGUAACACGGAUGGAAAUGGAGAUGGAUAUUAAAUCGGGAUGUUUCUUGGAGCAUGGCGAGUAUGAUGGCAACCUAUAUGGCACCAAGAUAAGUUCUAUUCAUGAGGUGGUGGAAACUGGACGCACCUGCAUCCUAGAUGUCAACCCUCAGGUGCUGAAGGUUCUGAGAACAGCAGAGUUUAUGCCCUAUGUAGUGUUUAUAGCAGCUCCUGAGUUUGAGACACUUAAAGCCAUGCACCAAGCUGUCGUCGAUGCAGGAAUCACCACCAAACUGCUCACAGAUGAGGAUCUGAAGAAGAGAGUGGAUGAGAGCGCUCGCAUCCAGCAGACCUACAGACAUUACUUCGACCUCAUCAUCGUGAACAACAACCUGGACACUGCAUUUAAAACUCUACAGGCCACACUGGACAAACUUAAUUCUGAACCCCAGUGGGUUCCAGUCAGCUGGGUUUAUUAAUGGGGUGUGUGUGUAUGUGUGUGUACACACAUGAACAAAAUUGUUGGUACCCUUCGGUCAAUGAAAGAAAAACUCAUAAUGGUCACA